AUGGCCUCCGCCAUCAUCGCCAUCGUCGCCCUCAUCCUCAAAAAGACCUCGGCCCACGGCCUCGACGCCUUCGAGCCCCGCACCAAUGGCUACUGCAAGCAGCUAGACAUUCCCGUCUUCGCCACGGCCGAGAGCGCCAUCUACGACCUGCCCCGCCCCCAUGGGCCCCAGCGCCUCAUCCAAAACACCAACACCUCGGGCACCUUCAACAUCCACGCCCAGCUCUGCGUCCCCAAGACCGAGAGCGACAAGAGCGACAUCCUCCAGAUCGCCACCCACGGCGUGCACUACGACUCGCGGUACUGGGACCCCGAGCUCGACAGGGACAACUUGUCCUACGUCGAAGCCUCGCUCAAGGCCGGCUACUCCAUCCUCACCUACGACCGUCUCGGCGUGGGCAAGUCCGAUAUCCCCGACGCCUACGAGGUCGUGCAGGCUCCUUUGGAACUCGAGCUCCUCCGGCAGCUGACCCUCAUGGCGCGCAACGGCACUCUGUACGACUUUGCCAAGGGUGGCAAGCGCGGAAAGUCGAGGUCGCCGUUCGCCAAGUUGACCAAGCCUAGCAAGGUCGUGCACGUCGGCCACAGCUGGGGCUCCGUCCUCACCUCCGCCUUCAUCGCCAAGUACGGCGCUCUAACGGACGGCGCCAUCAUCACCGGUUACCUCUUUGGCCCUUAUCUUGGCAAGAGCGGCAUGGCCUCUUUCAACGCCGAAGCCCCCGCCUCCAGCACCCCUUCCUUUGAUCGUCCCAGCGGCUACGUCGUGUGCAAGAAGAGCGGUAUCCAGACCAUCUUCUUCGCCGGAGACACCGAGACCGCCUUCACCGAAGAGCAGCUCGACUACGGCAACGAGCUCAAGCAGCCCUACAUGCUUGCCGAGUUCGACUUUUACAUUUGUGCCGGAGACUGCAAGGGCCUUGCCAACCAGACUGCUCUGGAGGAGACCUACCCCAACGCUUCCGUCAUCGAUGUCGCGAUUCAGCCCAACACUGGCCACGCCUUUACCCUUCACAACAACGCCACUGCCGGCUACCAGGUCACCUUUGACUUUUGGAUCGCAAUGGCCUCUAAGUCUGUUUCAGGACUAUAG